CCCCCCCACUCGCGCCGCGCAGCCAGCAAACUUCGGGAAAGUUUUUUCCGCGCGGCGGCCGGAGCAGCGCCCGGGGCUGAGUCCCGUCUCUGGCCGUCCAGCCGCUUUGCGCUCCGGCCGGGGAUGCCCGCUCGGGCCAGUUGGGACGGCCGGCUGCCCGCCGCGCUCCUCGGCUGGCUGCUGGGGCUGGGGCUGCUGCUGCGGCUGGGGCUGAGCGGGGCGGCGGCGGCGCCGUCGGAGCUGCGGGUGCGAGUGCGGCUCCCCGACGGGCGGGUGACGGAGGAGAGCCUGCAGGCGGACAGCGGCGCCGACUGCGUCAGCCUGGAGCUCCGGAAGAGCGACGGGACGCUGGUCAGCCUGACCGCCGACUUCAAGCAGGAGGUGAAGAUAUUCCGAGCCCUGAUACUUGGGGAACUGGAAAGGGGACAGAGUCAGUUCCAAGCUCUUUGCUUCAUCACCAGGCUGCAGCGCAACGAGAUCAUCCCCAGCGAAUCCAUGGCCAAACUGAGACAGAAAAACCCACAGACAGUGCGGCAGGCGGAGGAGGUUCGUGCGCUCGAGCAUCUCAGCAUGGAUAUAGCUGUCAAUUUCAGCAAAGGGGGCCAGCUUAGCUCUCACAUCUACAACAUCUGUUCAGAGGCCAAGGAGACCAUCUACACGCGAGAAGAAGAUGUGAAGUUCUGGAUGGAGAAAGGGGUGGAUGGCUCCAUGUUUGAGGUCCUGCCUCAGUCUGCCGACUUGCCUGAUCUGCAACAUUGUCGGGUCUGUGUAGAUCGCUGGAAACCUUGCAUCUGCAGCUAUGCCUUGAGCAUUGAGUGGUACCCCUGCAUGCUCAAAUAUUGCAAGAGCCGAGACGCAGCGGGAAAGGCAACCUCCUACAAGUGUGGCAUCCGCAGCUGCCAGAAGGCCUACAUUUUUGAUUACUACGUGCCCCAGAAGCAGCUCUGCCUGUGGGAUGAAGAGACUUAGCAGGACACCCGAGUAGCCAUCUUUUUUUUCCAGACUGUGAGGACUUGUCUUCUACCUUCCUUCCUGGAGCUCUGGGUAGGACUACCAAGAUGGCUGCCUGGGCCUGAAAAGAAGAA